AUGAUGCAAGAAUACAAAUUAGUUGUUGUUGGAGGUGGUGGUGUUGGUAAGAGUGCCUUAACCAUUCAAUUGAUUCAAUCACACUUCGUUGAUGAAUAUGAUCCUACCAUUGAAGAUUCUUAUAGGAAACCAUGUACUAUUGAUAAUGAACAAGUUUUAUUAGAUAUUUUAGAUACCGCCGGACAAGAAGAAUAUAGUGCCAUGAGAGAGCAAUACAUGAGAACUGGUGAAGGAUUUUUAUUGGUUUACUCAAUUGACUCCAGAAGUUCAUUGGAUGAAUUAGCUAGUUUUUACGAACAAAUUCAAAGAGUCAAAGAAAGUGAUAAUGUACCAAUCUUAAUCGUCGGUAAUAAAUGUGAUUUAGAAAAUGAAAGACAAGUUAGUUAUGAAGAAGGUAAACAAUUGGCUGAAAGCUUCAAUUGUAAGUUUUUUGAAACAUCUGCUAAACAAAGAAUUAAUGUUGAAGAAUCAUUUUAUGAAUUAGUUAGAAAUGUUAGAGAUAAAAAUAAACCACCUAAAGCUGAUAAAUCCGAUGCCAGUGGAAUUAAUGAUGCCAAUGACGAAGUAAAUGAACCAAAAAGUGAAACCCAAAAAAAUUCUAAUCCCGCAAGAUCAAAACAACAAGUUUCAUCUGGUAAUGAAUCAAAGGAAAAAAGUGGUUGUUGUGUAAUUGUUUAG